AUGAGCUUGUCACGCUUCGGUAGAAGCCUUUCCUGCUCUCUCCGGUCUAGUCGACCUUACAAUCUCCUGCCAAUUACCCGUUCCCCGGGUUUCUCGGUUCGUUGCCGCAAUUUCCAUGCUGCAGCAUCACUAUGGGGAAUUAAGUCCCAGGUUUUGAAGGAUGUUGGUGAAGGAAUCACGGAGGUUCAGAUUAUCCAGUGGUAUGUGGAGGAGGGCGCAUAUAUUGAAGAAUGGAAGCCUCUAUGUCAAUAUCAAUCGGAUAAAGCCGUUGACGAUAUUACGUCAAGAUAUGAAGGUGUAGUCAAGAAACUUCAUUUCCAAGCGGACGAUACGGUCCCCACGGGAAAAGCACUCUGCGAUAUUGAAGUUGAAGAAGGGAAAUAUCUAGAUGAUAAUUCGUCGCCAGAGCCAGCCCCAGAGCCAGCCCAGCCCUCCCCAGCCCCCACAGACACCCAAACAAAACAACCCACAGAAGGGAUUACCUCUAGUACUCCUGCAGAUAUGACCCAGAAUAACAAACCGAAUUCGCGAUAUGCAACGCUCGCAACUCCAGCGGUUCGCGGCUUACUGAAGGCCCAUGAUGUCAACAUCGAGGAUGUUCUGGGAACGGGCAAGGAUGGGCGAGUUCUGAAGGAAGAUGUUCAUCGAUUCGUAGCCUCGCGUGACUCUGCAGCUGCAACAGCACCCGUGGCGGUAUCUACACCGCAAACAGAGACUGCUGUCAACUUGACGCCCAUUCAGUCCCAGAUGUUCAAGACGAUGACCCGAUCACUCACCAUCCCACACUUCAUGUUUGCGGAUGAGCUGAACAUCAACCAGGUAAAUUCCAUGAGGAAGAAGUUAGCCAGCGACCCCAAAGAUCCUCAAAAGAUCACAUUCCUUUCAUUCGCCGUCAAGGCAGUUUCCCUCGCACUCAAUGAAUAUCCCCUGCUCAAUGCUAAAGUCGACACGAGUAAUCCUGAUAAACCGCAACUCAUUAUGCGACCAAAACACAACAUCGGUGUUGCCAUGGACACUCCUCAGGGCUUAAUUGUUCCUAAUGUGAAGGACGUCGCUAACCGGUCACUUCUCGAAAUUGCGUCAGAAAUCUCGCGGCUAAGUGCUCUGGGGCGAGAAGGGAGACUCACACCUGCAGACCUCGGCGGUGGCACGAUUACAGUUUCGAACAUUGGAAACAUUGGGGGCACCUACGUAUCACCUGUGAUUGUAUCCAAUGAAGUGGCCAUCCUGGGUAUUGGGAAGACCAGAACCAUUCCGAUCUUUGACGAUGCAGGCCAGGUGACAAAGGGCGAAUUGGUGAACUUCAGCUGGUCCGCAGAUCAUCGCGUGGUGGAUGGCGCGACCAUGGCCAGGAUGGCCAACAGGGUCCGAGGAUUUGUCGAGUCUCCAGAGCUAAUGCUUCUAAACCUACGAUCUCUGGAAUGGCUGGAAAUGAUGAGAGCGAGAUAUGCUACCCUUGCGGCCCAGUUUGAAGAACGGUGCCUUCCAGUUUCGGUCAAGGGUGAUCAACCAGAGUCAACAUCUUCUCUUCCUGAGCGAUACACGAAGAGCUAUCUCGCUGUGGACGACCACCUUGAAGGGCCGCCGCUUCGAGCCCUGCUGCCCGAUGUGGUAAUAUUGUUUAUUGAAUGGACUUACACCCUUGAUCUUGAUCGGGAAAUUCUAACAGUGGACAAUUCUAUACACUACAAACUGUCUAAUAUUCCACAUUCUGGUCGCUGGAUUAAGUACAUUGGCAGCGAUGCCCACCGUCGUCGGGCUUUCCGGACAGGCACUCCCGACGAUAUCAUCAGCAAUAUUGCCUGGCUACCAGAGAAUUACCAGCGAGAAGGAUAUUUUCUAGUCCCAGAAGCCAGGCUCCAGGCAGGACAGCAGAUCUUGCUUCCAAGGUUCUUACGCGAGCCCCAUAUUCCUGGCGUCAAACCUAGGUCAGCCCCCGAGACCACAACCUACUGGUUGGGAAAUGUCCCUGUUUACCUAACUAGCAAAAUUAAUUUGGCUGAUGCCGAGGAGGCAGCUAGUGCUGAAGUAGUGCAAAUUGGUCUUCAAAUGGGCCUAAAGGACUUUUAUGCCAUGGUAUAUUCCAUCCUGGAUGUCGUCCUGAUCCACCUCCAAACUAAAGAUAGCGGAGAAGCUCAUAUACAGAGGGCACCUCUGAUGGCUAUGAUCUACUUUGAUGACAACAACUCCAGGCCUACCACCGAUCCUAAGUCCGAUGUUAGCUCUCGCCUCAAAGAACAUGUUCUGGAAACUGAAACCCCCAGCGGUUCGGGGGUUGCUUCCGGUUCAAAGGAUGAAAGUGGAAAACAGAACUACGAUAUUUCCACUACACUUCUUAAAGAAUCAUACGCGGAUGAAGACUUUACCUUCAAUAUGAUGAUGCGCUUCUUUGAUGCAGCUUCCAAACAACAUCUGGCUGGCAUGAAGUCUCGCAUUUUUCCUAAUGAGAUUCUGACUACAAUGAUGCAGUUUGCAGAUAGUCGGACAUAUCACACUAUGCGCAAAGUCUCUGCAUGCUGUCAACGGUUAGGUGACCGCAAGAUCCGAUUGAAUGAAGACUUCGUUGUGAUCGGUGUUGAUCAAGCCAAGGAGUCCGAGGUCUUCAUCUUGAAUAAUUUGCGUACAGGCGUAAAUAUACGCUCAAAUUUGAAUUUCAGUGAGGAAAAGUACUGGCGUUCUACUAAAAAGGAUGGGAUAUCACUCGAAUUGAACCCUGUAAUCGGGAUUGCCGACCCCACAAGGAUGAGUAUCAUGGAUACUGUAAUUCUGUGCUUUGCAAAAGUGGCAUCAGCAGAUCCACCGUACACAGAGGAGAUUGAGUUGCCAUUUCAGGAGCAGUUCACCUGCAUGGGCGGGAGCCUUGGUGACGCAACAUCCAAUAAACUCUUCGAGAUUCCCGGAUACCUCUACCCUGGAUCUGUCGAGGACGCUUGGGGCCAUUACAUCACUGCAGUACUUCGAGAUGGUGAUAAUUCCACCUACAGGUUCGCGCUCAUCAAUAAUGCAAAAUGGCAGUGUCUCCUUCCUCCAGGAUAUCGCCAAUUGAGGAUGGAUCACUAUUUUUGUAACGGACUUCAGGUAUUCUUACGCCACCCAAAAGAUGAAAGCCCCGAGGAGUGGGACAAUACAAUUAAAUACGCCAUGUACGAACUUGGCCAUACAGCACUCACACGACAACGGGACGGCUAUCUACGUGGACGUCCAGUGGUCGUGGCUUUUGGUACCAAGCUGAAAUUCUUCUACUUUGCCUACCGUCGUGCAGAUUUUCCUGAUGUUGCUUCAGAUGCAAGUCCAAACGGUGCUCAAAUUGGGAUCACCUACACGGAACCUGAUCGAGACCAUCUCCUUAUUCAGCUCAUCCCUGGAGAAGACCCUAUUGAUAUCCAAGAGAGCAAGGAAUGA